UGCUGCAUUUGAGGCAGCAAUGAUUUCUCUUGCAGAAAGGAAUCUAGAAACUCACACAACUACGGAGAUACCUGUUUGCCGCUACUUAUGGUCUGCGUGCCCAUUUGGACAUCGGAAGAGCCUCAAAAAUGUUGAUAUAUUUUGGAAAAAAAUUGAAAUAGGACAAAAUGAGCUUGAAGCUUCUAUGACCAUUAUACAUAGGACAAACAAAGUUUUUGGGACAGCUAUUGAAAAUGUCAAUUCCUCCAUUAAGAAUGUCAAUGAUAAACUGGUACCUGAAAAACGUGUACUAUCAGCAAGUGGUGAAUAUUUAAUUGUUAAUGAAGAAUUGGACCAAGCAGCAGAACAUGAAUAUGAAGCUUAUAAGAAAAUCAAAACGUUUGAUGAAGAAAUUGAAGCUAAUCAGAAUGAAGAUAAGGAAGAAUCUGACAACCAUGAAAUUAAUAAUCAAAUAAAUUUUGAUUUUAAUAAUUUGGAACAACAAUUGAGAAUUGAAUGUGAAGAACAAUGGGAAGUGGGCAAAAUAAAUGUUACAAGAAAAUUUAAAGAUUACCAAUACAAUCUUCUUUACGAAAUUGAGAAUGGCACUAGAAAAUUAACUUGGAAUGAUACUAUUGAUAUAUUAGCUUUAGGGUCAAUAAUAGUUCUUGAUUGGCCUUGCCCAUACUAUAACUUUACUACUGAUGAAUGGCUUGAAAUAACUAAGGCUAAUCCAUUCCAAUUGAAGGAACCGGUAUUAAGUACAAAUUUAUCAUCAUCAUUAUAUGAUUCCACAUGCAAAAAAUCAUUGGGCUUAGCAAGUGAUUUUCAUCCAGACAAUACUAUUAAAUACAGUAACAUAGCUAGAAGAAUUUUUGACAACUUAAGUGAAGAUAUUCCAAUUACAGCUUCAAUGCAGAUCUCUGAAGAUGAACAUAGAUUUCAAUACCUAGAUCCAUUCCUUAAACCCAUCUUCAGUGGACCUUAUAAAAAUUAUAAAUUGAAAUUGAAUCGUACUGUUUAUGGGAGUCAAAAAAGGCCAGAUUUUGCUUGUACUGUAGAUAACAUCCCAGUUCUCAAUUCUGAAGUCAAACCAAUUGGCUUCACACAAUUACAAAGGAAUAAGGAUUAUUUAAAGGUCAACUUCAGGGCGAAAAAAACCAUUAAUACAUUUAUAAAUAACAAAAAUGGUCCUGAUCAAGCAAUAUUUUUUAUUAACAUGGGUAAUGCUGUGGAGUCAUUUACAAUGGAUCUUGAAUUUGAGGGGAUCUAUCGAACUUGGCCUUUGUUGAAAACUAAUAUUGUAACUGAUAGACCAACAUUCCCACUAUUGGUUUCAACACUUACUCAUUUUAUCACAUUAGAGGAACGUGUCAAAAUUUUAGCAGAAGAUUAUAUAGGUCAAUCAAAAUAUUUAGAAAAUAAAAAAUGCAAGUAUAUUAGAGAAUUACCUGAUUCUCCUCAAUUGAAGAGGUUGUUAAAAUGA